UCUACAAAAUCUCUUGUCCAAAAGAGCCUUCGUUUUCAUUUCUGCCACCCCAAAAAAAAAAAAAAAAUUCAAUGGCUGCCGUGACUUCUUCUAUGGCUGCUAGUCAGCUCAAGAACAACAACAUUACUCGGACUCGGUCCUUCACUAGGGAGCUGUUUCACUCUCCAAAGGGCAUCUCUGGAUCUCCACUUAGACACUUUCCCACCUCCAACUCCAACAACAAACGUCUUCCUAAUUCUUUCACUGUAAAAGCCAUUCAAUCUGAAAAGCCAACUUACCAAGUGAUCCAACCAAUCAAUGGUGACCCCUUCAUCGGAAGCCUAGAGACUCCGGUGACAUCAAGCCCAUUGAUCGCAUGGUACCUCUCCAACCUGCCAGCCUACCGUACAGCAGUGAACCCGCUUCUCAGGGGAGUGGAGGUUGGGCUGGCCCACGGGUUUCUCCUAGUGGGCCCAUUUGUAAAGACCGGCCCACUCAGGAACACGGCCAUUGCGGGUCAAGCCGGGUCCUUGGCCGCGGGAGGGCUUAUUGUGAUACUCAGCAUUUGCUUGACCAUGUACGGAACGGCGUCGUUUAAGGAAGGUGAGCCCUCCACCGCUCCUGCGUUGACUUUGACCGGGCGGAAGAAGGAGCCGGACCAGCUUCAGACUGCAGAUGGAUGGGCCAAGUUCACGGGUGGGUUUUUCUUUGGUGGGAUUUCUGGUGUCAUUUGGGCCUAUUACCUUCUCUAUGUUCUGGACCUUCCUUACUAUGUCAAGUAAUGGGCCUAUUUGUAUGUAUGUAUGUAUGGGUCUAUAAUGUUCACUCUUGUCUAGUCUCACCUUGUUUGUACAUCUAAAUCAACCAUGGUUAAUGAAAAUUUAUCAUCAAA